CGACGGAAAACAACUUGCACAAGAAGAAAAUAGCGUUAUUUCAGGACACAGCCACGUCACUGGGUUUGCUGUUGAAUCCGUCGUCGAGCCGUGGGAUUCGCGCGCUCCAGUUGGCUUCAUCUCCUCAUCGCUUCACUCCAUUUCCCAUUUUCAACUUCAGAUUUCCAGGGCAAAGGAGAGAAACCCUAAAACCAGAGAGAACAACCGAUGGGGAAUUGGUUCGACAAAGAGCCACCACCGCCGGUGGUGCUGGUUCCGCCUCUCUUUGAUUUCCCUCCGUUGGCUGCCCGCACCAGGAUGCUGGAAUCAGCAUACAAUCUGUUGUUUGGGAAGCUUGCUUUGAAAUGCCUUUUUGAUGAUUACUUUGAAGAAGCAAGGCAUUUUAGCACUAGAAUGAUGCUGAAGCCAAUCGAUGAUCCUCGCGUGGAUUUGGUGGCAACUGUUUCAGGUCCACUUGAUAAUAAUACCGAUGUUGUUGGAAAUGCAACAUUUCGCUGGCAAGGUGAUGUUUAUGAUCCUCAUACAUUUGCGGAACUUUUCGUAUCAAACACUGAACCUGCUUUACAGGUCCGAUCAUGUGCUUACCAUCCUAGAUAUGGAUUUGGAGCAUUUGGCAUAUUUCCAUUGAUACCAAAGAAAAGAGUAGCUGAUGGUGUUAUGGGAUUGAGAUAUGGCUCUGGAAAUUUAUCAUUUGGAGUUAGAGUUCUACCUUCUGCUCUUGCCUCUACAAGUUUGAAAUCUGAUGGUGAAACACUACAGAAUGCAUGGCUGGUGAGCAAGAUGGGAUGUUUGACUGUUGGGGUUCAGUAUGAGCCACAAUAUGGAAGCAAUGAUGCCUUGAACUAUAAAAACAUAAAGAACUGGAGCUGUGCAAUUGGCUACGGAGUUGGGACAGGCAGCCCAUUGACCCCAUCUUUCAACUUUAGCCUUGAACUUGCUAAAAGUUCUCAGUUUAUCGCCUCAUUCUAUCAGCAUGUGGUGGUCCAAAGAAGGGUGAAGAAUCCACUUGAAGCAAAUGAAGUAGUUGGAAUAACAAAUUACAUUGACUUUGGCUUUGAGUUGCAGAAAAGGGUAGAUGAAGCUAAAGAAUCAAAUAAUAUCCCGGAUUCCACUUUUCAAGUAGCUGCAUCCUGGCAAGCCAAUAAAAACUUCUUGCUAAAGGCAAAGGUGGGACCACUCAGUUCAUCUGUGGCACUGGCAUUCAAGUCCUGGUGGAAACCUUCUUUUACUUUCAGCCUUUCUGCAACUAGAGAUCGUGCAGGAACUACAGCUUGUGGAGUUGGCAUUCGCAUUGAAAAUCUAAGAGAAGCCAGCUAUCAAAGAGCUGAUCCGAAUUUCAUUAUGUUGACACCAAGCAAGGAGCACCUAGCGAAGGGCAUUGCUUGGGAAGUUGGGAAAAGACCAGUGCUACAGUCAGAGAUAAAUGCUGGAAACUUUGAGAGCUUGCCAAAUGAAUUGAGACCCCUUGAUAAAAUUUUCUAGAACUCAUUGGUCUAUCAUGCAGGAUACAGUUGUUUCUUUUGUAGGAAGUAAUCGCUUAUGACUAGUUAGGACUUGGAUGAGAAUCCUAUUUCAGGCCAUUUCCAUCUGUCUACUUUUUGGAAGAAAAAGAAACAACCUUGGCACAUCAUCAUGAAAGGGUUUUCUCAAUAACCAUCUAUUGCUUAUUGUAGAACAAGAUCUGAUCGUUCUACCUAACGAGUUGUGGCCUGAUUAGCAAGGUAUUUUGAUUCUUUCUCACUUUGUUAAAAUCAUUAAAUUCCUUGGAUUGGUUAUAAAGGGGCAACUCUUCACAAAAUGCUAUAAUUCCUAGUCUUGAUUUUGAAAAAGACUGCAUCAUACCAGAAGGAUUAGGUGGCUGUUGUGCUGAAACCAUCAAAUGGAAGGAUUACAUAACUACUAUUACCAAAAACAAGGGAUUACAUAACUACAACUAUGAGCCUAGCCCGGCCCACUUCUAGCCCAAA